AUGGAGGUCCUGGUGGCCCCCGCCCGGCUUUGGGCCCGCUCGACCGCAAGGGCUGAGCAAGCCCUCAGUCGUGGCUUUCAGUACGUGGGCAAGCUGUGUGCAAGACAUCCUUUAAAAUGCCUCUUCCUGUCCAUCUUGUUCUGCCUGGCGUUUGGCGCCGGAUUUGUGCAGUUUGAGAACGAGGGUGGAUCUCGAGCACUCUGGGUAGACCAACACUCACAGCAGAUGAAGAAUCUCGAGUCUGUCGAAAGCCUCUUCUCAGACCCCAUUGGGAGCGAGGGUGGAGGCGAACGGCUUAUUGUGGCUGCCAAAAGUGGUGGCAACAUUUUGGACUAUGACACAUUCCUUGAUGUCUGGAGGGUUGUUGAUGACGUCCGUACUUUGGAGUUCAAGGGAGACGAUGGUGGGCUGGAGAGCUAUCCAUUCGUUUGUCGAAGGGCAGACGGCGACUGCAUUAUUGACGGCGUGCCACGAUACUUUGCAACGCGGCCACUCACGCAAGAAGACAUCCUGCGUGCCGUAAACCAGCCACAGUUUGCUGAUGGCAUGCCGACCUAUGCCGAGGACAGCUUGGGAGGCAUCCAGAGGAACAGCAGCGGCCAGAUCGUGGGAGCUUCUGCUGUCCGAGUCAUCUUCUAUGCCUGGUCCGACGGAUUUCAUAAGGCGUGGAUGGCUCACUUCGUGGAGAACUUCAAAACGAUCCAGCGCUACGAGCGGGUUAAUGUUUUUCUGCAGGCCGCUGGUUCCUUCGAUGACGAACUCAAUCGCACUGUAAGUGCAGAUAUCCCGCUGUUUGCCUCUGCCUUCGUGCUGAUGUCCACUUUCUGUGCGGUUUUCAUUGGAAAGCCGUGCAGCUGGACGGCGAGCAGACGUCUACUAGGUGUCUCCGACCUCCUGCUCGUGCUUAUAGCCUGCGUCGGCGGCUUCGGCAGUGCCAUGUUACUUGGGGUGAAAUUUACCGUCCUGACGCAGAUUCUGCCCUUCAUCCUGGUGGGCAUUGGUAUCGAUGAUGCCUUUGUGAUUGUCAAUGCCUUUGAUAGAACAGACGAGUCUUUGGAUAUUCCUGAGCGUGUCGGGCAAGCAAUGGGGCGAGUGGGUGUGUCUAUUACCCUCACGUCGCUCACGGACAUCGUUGCUUUCCUUCUUGGAGCCACUUGUGUCUUCCCGGCGAUACAGUUCUUCUGCUACUAUGCGGCUGUCUCUUGCUGUUUCGUCUGGAUGGUGCACUGCACUGCCUUCUGCGCCAUGCUGUCUCUCGACGCUGCGCGCGCCAAGAGGCACCUCCUGGAUCCGCUUUUCUGUGUGCCGGCAACAUCCUCCUGCAUUCCAAGCGAGCCGACGGACUCCACGAAGACUGCGACACUCCUUUCAAGGAUGCUGGGGGUCAUUGUCCGCUUCUGUGUGCGUUCUACGUUAUCCAAGCUGCUCACCGUCUCUGUGUUUCUCGGCGUUGCUGGCAUCUCCCUCUGGCAAGUCAGCCUGGGCAUAGGAACGGAUUUCAAGCUCAUUGACCUGACUCCAGAUGGCAGCUACUUGAGUGAUUACUACACGCAGGAGGAGCGGUAUUUCGGUGGGAUCGCAAUUGGGCUGGCCGUGCCAGCAUCUUUCUAUGUGCAAGGUCUCAACUUCAGCUCGCUAGAGGUCCAGCGGAAUCUCGAGCUCGUCGGUGCAGAGAUGCUAAACAUGCGCAUGGUCAACGAAGAUCGGGGACUCAGAAGUUGGCACACCAUCUUCAGCCUCUGGGCUUGGCAGAACCGUGGUUCCUUGGAUGUCUUGCCGCUGACGGCCUUCGAAGAAGUGCCCGGUGGAGCUUCCCGGCCCGGGUGCCGAGCGGGCCUUCCACCGAACGUCAACGACUGUGUCACCCACUUCCUCACAGGACCAACCUUUCAAGAUGCCUUGUUCACCUUCCUCGCAGAGGAGCAGUUCGGCGACUUCUACGGGGAUCUGCACUUUUCUUACAUAUACACCGAUGGAUCCCGUAGACCAGACGCCCGAGACCGUGAAGAAGGAGACUACGGCUAUACUGCAAGGGACGUUAUUGGUCCUUCCUAUGGCGGCGGAGGCUAUGGCAGCGGCUCAUAUGUCCUGGACAUUGCACGGCUGAUGGUUCGGCAUGUGGAUACCGCCAACAGCGUCGAGCAGGUGGAGGCCUUGGAGGAGGCUGAGGAGCUGACCAGGCGAUGGCAAAGUGCACUUCCAGGCAGCUUCAUGAACUCUUUCUCGUAUAUCUUCUACGACCAGUUCCGCAUCAUUGUAGCGCAGAUGACCACCAGUGUUGCGCUUUGCCUACUAGCUGUAACUAUCAUUAGCACUCUCGUCUUGGCACACCCUCUCUUAGUGAUGUCGGUCGUGCUCGUUCUGGCUUUGGUGUUCGUGAACCUGCUGGGCAAUAUUAUACUCUGGGACCUGGAUCUGAAUACGAUAAGCAUGAUCAACCUGGUUAUGGCUGUCGGUUUGGUGGUAGACUACAGCAUGCAUGUCGCCCACAACUUCAGCCUUCAAGACGACAAACUUGACAGGGCCGAGCGCGCGGCACGUGCCGUGGAAGAGAUUGGCCCAGCUAUCUUUCUCGGCAUUAGCACGACGUUCGUGGCCAUGAUCCCUUUGGCUUUCUCCUCAAGCCAAGCAUUUCGAGUCUUCUUCAAGAUGUUCGUGGGCAUCGUCGUUGCUGGGGGUAGCCAUGGGCUGGUUUUCCUCCCGGUCUGUCUCUCGCUUGUGGGACCCGGUGGCACGGCAGAGCCUGAGAUGAAAAUCCAGCCGGAAAGCUAUGCCAAGGGUGCGGCAACGGAACAGAUUUCCAACGUUAUCGGUGCAAACGAGAGCAACGUGGCUGUGACCACGUUGCCGGAUGACUACGAAGGCGCACCCUUGAUGCUGCAGUUGGUCGUCGCCUUUUCCACAAGCCCAGAUGAUGCCUUUGACAAGACAUACCUCCAGCUGGAUGGUGAAGAUGAGAAGGACGACUUCACCUGGGUCCACACGAAAGGUUUGCGUUCCUUCAAUGUCAAAGGCAUUCAGACGGGCCUGAGAUACUCCUGCCUCGCCGUCCAGAAGAGCUUCUCAAGCCUGGAGGGAUCGGCUCUGGAGGCGCACAUGAGGGUCCUUUGUCGGAUCUCUCAUCCUCACCUCUGCAAGGUCAUCGAAUGCUUCGAGGAGGACGACGAGCGACUGGUGAUCUGUGAGAAGCCUUCGAAGGAGAGGCUCUUCACUGGCGAGACUGGCGAACCCUGGAGUCUUGAUGAGACGACUGGUGCAGACUCAAGGAAAAGUGAGCGCAUUGUUGCGGAGAUGAUGCGACAGAUUCUGUCUGCCCUUGCACAUGGGCAUGCCAGAGGAUGCGUGCACGCGAUGAUUACGCCGGACAAGGUCAGGGUGAUGCAGCCGUCGUCGAAAAGCCAUUCGUCGAAGAUUCCCCAGCUGAAGGUGAUUGGCUUCGGCCUCGCAUAUGCCUUGCUGCCUCCACUGGGCAUCUUCUUGCAGAAAGAUCUAGUGAAGAAGGAUCGCGACGUCGCUGCGAUGACAGGCCUCCCAUACACUGCCAUGGAAUCCAUGCUGUCCAAAGAAGUCUACCUGAACAACAUCCGCAGCCUCCAUGACGCAGGACCUGCCCACGAGAUUGAAGAUUCUGCGGCACAGGCUUCCCCGCGCAUCUCGGUGCUGGACGAGUUCGGGGCACGAACUUCCAGCAGUUCUGCGCCCCGCUCCGCAGAUCUGCACCUGAUCGAUGGGCAGCUGCUGGGACGAUAUCCUCCAGGUGCUGAUAAGGCCGACGUCUGGGCAGUCGGGGCACUGGCCUACCGCCUGCUGACCGGAGUCGCUCCGUUCCUGCCGAACCUGAGUACCAAGCGCAGAGAGAAGAAAGAGGAUCUCCUCAACUUUAUGCAGGAGGAGCCCAUCAAGUUUCUCAAGUCGGACUGGGCGAACCGCUCCUCAAAGUGCCUGGAUGCUGUCCGCUGCAUGUUGCGCGUGACACCCUCGCUGCGUCCCAGUGCUGCUGAUCUUCUGCGUCACCCUUGGUUGAAGCUCGGCCGGGAGCCGGUGCCAUACGUUCGGGUUCACCGGCUUUUUGCGAACGGGUUGAACUACCUCAAGGAGACCCAGUUCAAGAAGUUGGUCAUCCGCGUCAUUGCCGAGCAGAUGCCAGAAACCGGCCCCCACAUGCAGCAGGCUCAGAGCGUCUUUCGAGCUCUGGACAGGGACCGAGACUGCUUGCUGAGCCCGGCAGAGUUUCUCGAGGGACUGCGCCUUUUCCCAGACUUGAUGGAACGCCUGGGUGAGGAUCCCGAGAAGCUCUUUGAGGCCGCGGACCGCGAUGGCUCGGGGUUUUUGGACUCCAAAGAGUUUGCGGCUUGUACCAUGCCUCCGGCGAAGUCGCGCGAGCAAGAGGUAAUCUGGUACGCAUUCCGCGCCUUUGAUGGAGACGACGACAAGGAGGUCACCGUGGAGAAGGUGCUACAGGCGGCCAGGCUCUUGGAAGGGAAGCUCCAGGCCAGCGAGCAAAUCGCGGAGCUCCUUUCUGUCUUACAAGCCGAGCUCCAACGUCUCCGCGUGCCUAUGAGGCGCGAGCGCAUCGAGGAGGCGGACGAUGAGGACCCGGAUGCCGAGCUGCGCGUCGAAGGAGAGGAAGAGGAGGCCGAGGCAGAAAUGGCGCACAUGCCCAGCCAAGCCAGCCAAGAGCUGAACACGUCCACUCUCAAGUCCAUGUCGGCAAAUGUGAGCUUCAAGGACUCGCGCAGGGGUCAGCACGGGAGCAAGCCGAAGAAGGGCUCCUGGCUCCAGCGCAGAGGUCAGGCGAUGAUCGAGCACGCGAGGCGCUGGGUCACUCGACCGCGCGUGCUGGACUAUGGGGAGCUGGUGUACUUGUGCGACACGCGGCGGAAGGGCGUGGGACCGGGCAAGAUCCUCUACCGUGCUGCGCGCAAGGAGUUUUUCAGAGUUAUGCUCAAGUACGACUUGGACUUCUAUGAGGUGGUGCACAAGGUCCCAGAGUUGGCGUGGCCGCCGGAGGCUGGGUCUGCCGCUGCAACCCCGUGGUCCUGCUACUGUGCCACCGGGGGCCUCUACUCCUCAAAGCAGCAGAAGCUGCAGGAGAAGGAGAAGGCCGACAAGAAGGAGAAGGCUCGCCACAAUGAUGACCCGAGCGAUGCCUCAAGUGAGGAGAGCUGA